AUGGAAUUAACCCAAGAAAAAGAGCUUUUAAUUUUUCUCCUAAGAAUGCAAUAUUAUCGAACAUCGCAUAAUCCGGUGGAUGAAAAGGUAGUUGCUGCAGAUAUACCGAAAAUCCAACAAUUGAGAAAGUAUCAGGAUUUAUUAGGGAAAAGCUAUUCAUUCACACAAUUACCGUUAGAGAGUCCUCCGAUUCUUGCUAGUGAAUUUACCGCUUCCUUGGAAAAAACUUCAGGAAACAGGAAGAACGCACCGCGAAACUCCAAGGACGGUUCUCACAGCAAUUCGAACUUUGAAGACUCGGAUUAUGCUAUUUCAGAUAUUUCAGAGUUUUCGGAUAUGGUUGAUCACGAGAAUUCAUGCAUGUUUUCCUUCACCAAAGUUCCAAUGCGAGGGAAUACACAUUCUGAGAGCGAGGAUAAUCUAAACCAGGCACAGAAAAAUAUCAGAAAAGGUAUGGAAAGCCGCCUAUCGAAUGAAAAGACCAUUAAACCAAAAAUAAAUAAUAGUCAAUCGGUUUCCCACUUUAGCAGCUUAUCAUCUGAAUAUGAACGGGUCUUGAAUUCAUUUUCAGAUGAGUCUUUACAAAUUAGCGAUGGAGAGAUAGGUAUAUAUUCUUAUCAAAAUUCAAUAAAAAAUGAGGAGGAGGAAGCUGGCUUUAGAUCUUUUGAAAAGUCUCGGGAACAGGUCGAUGAUGAUACGUUGAAAAAAGUACCAACUAUUGUGAAACAGCCAGAGUCUGCAUUGCGAAAGCUUUUUGAGAAUGCAAAUUCGUCAACUCAACAAAAUCCUUUGGCGGAUAACUUUGCUGGUUUUUCAGGACGUGCUGAACCAAAUCCUUUGAAACUAAAAAUAUACUGCCCUUUCAGCGAGAAUGCUUCCCAGCCAAUGUAUGUUGAGUUGCGACAUAGUAUAUUAGUUUCCGAAGCAAUAGGCUAUAUUCUCUUCCAGUAUAUUAGUCAAAGUAUCAUGCCGUUGAUUGAAGACGAAGCACAGAAUCCAAAUUAUUGGAACUUGCGUAUCGUGGAAGAUGAUGGAGAGUUGGAUGAUGAUUUUCCUGCUCUUGAUCGUACCGGGCCCUUAGCGAAAUUUUCUUUUGAUGCAUUUGCCUUAGUAAAAGCUACCAAUGCUCAAAUAAAAGAGAACCAGGCUGCUUUUCCAUUCGUUACAACAAAAAAAAAGUUGGCUCCUGUAUCUGAUGAUGAUCAUUUGCAUAUACGCAAUUUAAGCUCUACUUCAAAUAAUUCUCACAAAGUUGGUGAGAGUGAUAAGGAUAUAUUUAACUCCAUGCAUGUUGUACAAAUCCGGUUGUAUCCUUAUGGAGAAAGUUCACGUUUUUGUAAUGUUGAGGUUUCAAAAAAUACACGUUUUGCUAUGGUUUUAAAUCAAGUUUGCUGGAUGAAACAGCUGGAACGUUUCAAAUACACUUUACGAAUUGCGGAUUCAAACGUUACUCUCCCUUUAGAUAAAACCUUUCAAUCAAUUGAUGGCUUCCCAACUCUAGAGUUGGUGAAAAAGAAAAUGAGAGAUAAGAAAGGACCGGGUCUUCCUGUAAGUACUCCCUCUCCAGAAGAGUCUACCUAUAACUCUACUAAGAAAGAUUAUUUUCCGCCGGCAUAUAACGCUGCAGACAUUAUGUCCAGUAAUACUUAUCAAGAGUUUAUUGUUUGGAAACGUCAGCCUGUCUCGUUUAUGGGACGACAUGAACGAUUACUCGCUAUUGACGGUGAAUAUAUACACAUAAUGCCUUCAGAAUCUCGAAAUAUUUUCGAAACGCCCAAGACUACUAGCAUUCAUGUCGGGUCAAUAAUUAUUUGCAAACAAUCGAAAAAAUCACCAUGUAAUUUCAAAUUGAUUAUAUCGAGAAACCGAGAGACAAAAAGAUACGAUUUCGAGGUUUUAUCAUCACUGGAGGCCGCGGUUAUUGUUAGCAGGGUUCGGACGCUAAUGAGUGCUAUAGCCAGGAACUAUUAA